GCGCGGCGCCUGCGCGCUGGCGAGCGAGGCGGGCGCCGCUGCUUUUGGAGGGCUUGCGGGCGCGAGGCGGCGGGCGCGUCGCUGCAGCGCGGUCGGGUGAGGGCAGCGCGGCCCCGCGGCGCGCACCCGGCGCCCCCGGUUUCUCCCUUCAGGCACGCUGAGGCGGGAAGGGCAGGAGGAGAGAUACAUAAACAGAUAGGUGGGUAGGUAGAGGAGAGCCGCUUGGGUCCCGCUGUCUCCUCAUCGUCAUGGCCGGCUCGGAGCAGCCGCCGCCGCGGCGGGAGGAUGGGGAAGCGCCGCUGCCCAUCGAGGACGCGGAGCUGGCGCUGGCCGGCAUCAACAUGCUGCUGAACAACGGCUUCCGCGAGUCCGACCAGCUCUUCAAGAAAUACAGAAACCAUAGCCCGUUAAUGAGUUUUGGAGCCAGUUUUGUCAGUUUUUUGAAUGCCAUGAUGACAUUUGAAGAAGAAAAGAUGCAGCUGGCCUGUGAUGACUUAAAGGCUACAGAGAAACUCUGUGAAAGUGAAGAAGCCGGAGUUAUAGAAACAAUCAAGAAUAAAAUUAAAAAGAAUGUUGAUGGACGAAAAUCCACUCUAUCCAUGAUAGAUCGUCUACAAAGACAAAUAAUUGUAGCAGACUGUCAAGUCUACUUGGCUGUGCUUUCAUUUGUAAAACAGGAGUUAUCAGCAUACAUAAAAGGUGGGUGGAUACUCCGAAAAGCCUGGAAAAUUUACAAUAAGUGCUACACGGACAUUAAUACACUUCAGGAAAUAUAUCAGAAGAAAACAACUCGGGAAUCCUUGACUUCUGAUGCUGCAAAUGAUAAUCAUAUUGCUGCAGAAGGUGUAACGGAGGAUUCGCUAAACAGACUGAAAGGUGCUGUUAGCUUUGGAUAUGGACUUUUUCAUCUUUGCAUAUCCAUGGUGCCCCCAAACCUGCUCAAAAUCAUCAACCUGCUGGGUUUUCCUGGAGACCGCCUACAGGGGCUUUCUUCACUGAUGUAUGCAAGUGAAAGUAAGGACAUGAAGGCCCCUUUAGCUACAUUAGCUCUGUUGUGGUACCACACAGUUGUUCGUCCCUUUUUUGCCCUUGAUGGCAGCGAUAACAAGGCAGGAUUGAAAGAGGCAAAAGAAAUUCUUGCAAAAAAAGAAUCUGCUUAUCCAAAUUCUUCCCUGUUCAUGUUCUUCAAGGGAAGGAUACAGCGAUUAGAGUGUCAAAUCAAUAGUGCCUUGGCCUCAUUUCAUACCGCUUUGGAACUUGCAACAGACCAAAGGGAGAUUCAACAUGUCUGCUUAUAUGAAAUAGGUUGGUGCAGCAUGAUAGAGAUGAAUUUCAAAGAUGCAUUUGAAUCCUUUGAAAGGCUUAAAAAUGAAUCCAGGUGGUCCCAGUGCUACUAUGCUUAUUUAACAGCGGUAUGUCAAGGAGCCACUGGUGAUGUCAGUGGUGCUCAGAAUGUGUUCAAGGAAGUUCAGAAGCUUUUCAAAAGGAAAAACAAUCAGAUUGAACAAUUUUCAGUGAAAAAGGCAGAUAGAUUUAGAAAGCAAAUGCCGACCAAAGAGCUCUGUGUCCUGGCAUCUAUUGAAGUAUUGUACUUAUGGAAAGCCCUUCCAAACUGUUCCCUCUCGAACCUACAGCGCAUGAGCCAAGCUUGUCAGGAUGUUGAUGAUUCAUCGGCUGUUGGUUUGAGGAAUUUGCUUCUUGGUGCCAUACAUAAAUGCUUAGGAAAUUCUGAAGAUGCUGUUCAGUUCUUUCAGCGAGCUGCUAAAGAUGAACUGUGCCGUCAGAACAACUUAUAUGUCCAGCCAUAUGCUUGCUAUGAACUUGGCUGUCUUCUGUUAGACAAUCCAGAGACUGUGCCGAGAGGCAAAACCUUACUUCUCCAAGCCAAGGAGGAAUUUACAGGCUAUGACUUUGAGAACAGAUUGCACGUCCGCAUACACGCAGCCUUAGCCUCUCUAAGGGAAGUAGUUCCACAGUGACGGACAGCAAGUCUUGUUAUCCUUUCCCACAGUUUCUGCACUUUAAGAUGAAGCAGAAGAAAAAGCUGUUGGGAAGACCAGCUUUUCUUCUGAAAACCACUUGUGCCAGAGACACUUUCCUAGUACGGUCAGGGUUGGUACGGCUUAGUAAAACAUUAUGAUUUUAACUAAAAGUAAAUCAACCAGGAAGAAGGUUAAGUGACCUUGUGUUUCUAACUCUUCAGUUUUUAUUUUGUUUAAACCAAGCUGAACGCAAUUGCUUGUAACAUUGUGGGUAAGCCUAAAUAAGCAUACAUGAUUUAUUUCAGCAAUAUUGGCAGGUGUAAUUUUUACCUUUUAAAAUAGAUCUAGAUCUGAAAUGAAAGGGGAACACUUCUGGUUUCAUUAGAAUAAUACAAUAAAAGUAAUUGGUAUAAAUGUUGAAGUUGGGAAUGGUCAGAACACUUCUUUUUUUUUUUCUUCAAGUGUAAGCCAGUACACAGGAGGACAAAAACUGUUGAGCCACAAAAAGCAGAUCUUACUAAAUUUUAGUGGCUUAUCUCAGUGACUUCAUGAUGAUUAAUAUGUGAAUUUUAAGCUUCACAUCUCCUUCCAUUCUUCAUUCCUCCCUCCCAAUCCAGCUCGUAACUGUGAUAUAAACGAUGCCAAUAUUUAGGAUCUCUGCUUCUGGUACAUUCCAGCCAAAUACUUUGUUUGACAUGCAGUUAUGGUAUGGGCUGUUCUUAUUUCUGCUCUUAAUAUUUUGAAUAUUACAUUAAAAUAUAUGGGACAGAGUAGUUUUACAUAUUUUUCAUUCAAGCUGCUGAAUCUUUAUAGCAGUGACCUCUUAAAGGUAUAAAAAACCCCCAAACAAAACACGAACCCAAAAAUCUACUUUGAUAAUUACACCAAUACCAUGAUAUCAUAGAAUCGUAAGGGUUGGAAAGGACCUUAAGAUCAUCUAGUUCCAACCCCCCUGCCAUGGGCAGGGACACCUCACACUAAACCAUGUGGCCCAAGGCUCUGUCCAGCCUGGCCUUGAACACCGCCAGGGAUGGAGCAUUCACAACUUCCUUGGGCGACCCAUUCCGGUGCCUCACCACUCUGACAGUAAAAGAACUUCUUCCUUAUAUCUAACCUGAACUUUCCCUGUUUAAGUUUGAACCCUUUGCCCCUUGUCCUACCACUACAGUCCCUGAUGAAGAGCCCCUCUUCAGCGUCCUUGUAAGCCCCCUUCAGACACUGGAAGGCUGCUCUAAGGUCUCCAUGCAGCCUUCUCUUCUCCAGGCUGAACAGCCCCAACUCUCUCAGCCUGUCUUCAUAUGGGAGGUGCUCCAGCCCCCUGAUAAUCCUCGUGGCCCUCCUCUGGACUCGCUUCAACAGCUCCAUGUCCUUCUUAUGUUGAGGACACCAGAACUGUGCGCAAUACUCCAAGUGAGGUCUCACGAGAAAGUACUAGGUCUCUGUAUGGUAGACCUGUGGUGUUCCAAACCUGUGGUGUUAAGAUACUGAAAUACCUCAGAGAGCUUGGAUCUUCUAUCAUGACCAUGUAAUUUUUAAUUCUUGGCCAUCUGCGUGCUCAUUUGUAGCUUUUUUCUUUUUACGUUUGUCUGUAAUACGUAGCAUCUCCUUAUGUUUUAUAUUCAGUUAAUAUCAUAUUCUAGGAAGGUAAAUAUUUUUUUAAAGAAGCUUAUGAAUGGAAAUCUGACCAGAAAGUUAGUAGAAUUAUGUUACUUUGCAAAGCUAAGAAAACUGGAUAUUCUUGGAAGUAGUUAUCCAAAAGCCUUACAUUUACUUUGGUCAGGUUGCCUUAAACAAUUCCUUAGCUUAAACUUUUUUUCUUUUCCCCUUACCUGUUUGUAGAAUAUGUUGCCAAAGUUUUAGACCUUGCCCACACCUAACCUUCAUUGAUUUGCUUUUGAGGUUGCAUCUAAAGCAAGACUGAUAUGGAGGAAAAAAGUAAUACCCUAUUUGGUGGGCCAGAUGGAGUGGUUGAGACACUUCUAUUUUUCUCCAGAAAUACACAGUUCCUGCUAUGAAAGGCAUUCCUAGAGCUGUUAAAUGCUUCUGUUGCAGUUCCUGAAGGAGAGGAGAGACUCUUAACUCUUACAAAAGCAGUUUUAUUUUUCUAUAAUCUAGAUGUGUUACAGAUAGUGCACUGUUUGUUUUUUUUUUUAUUCAACUUUGACAGUAAUACUGAGUCAUGAAUGAGUGUUCAACCUUAUUUGGUCAAUCCAAGUAAGUACUGACUAGAAAACAAUAUAUUGUGUAUAUGUAGUGACUACUUAGAAUUCAGUAAUGAUUUUAAAAAUGGGCUUUAAUGUACUUGAAAUCUUAUUUUGUCCUAUCUGACUCUUACUGUUUUGCAAUCAGAGACACAGUUAGAAAGGAUAGAGCUACUGACAAAAUUCCUUUUAAGUGCACUGCUUAAGUAUAAUGUGAGGCUAGGCUGUUCAGGACACAAAGCACCUGCAUGUGAUUUGUGUUGGGAUACCUAAGGUCUGCAUACUCAGAAGUAGCUAGCAAGUUGUAGUAAAUGUACUAAAAGGCCUUUUGUUCUCACCAGGCCAGGAGUGGGUAUGGAAAGACACUAUAUAUUCAUAUAACAGUUUAACUCUGUGCAAAUUGCAGCUUUUCUGUGGAUUUAGCGAGUCAUCACUGAAAUAGAACUGUUUCUGUAUUAUUUUUUUUUCUUCCCCUCAUAGGAGAAUCUCCUACACUGUAAAUGUCAAAAUUUAUUUUUUAUGUUAGAUUGUGCCUGUGAUGAGAGAAAUUUCAAUGGUAUUUUGUGUAAACUGCUAAGUUUUUAUACUUUGGAACUCGGAGGCAUGGUCUAAUAGCAAUAAUGGAAUAUGCAUCUUGCUAGUUAAUAUGUUAAAACUUAUCUUUACUGGGUCAGGUAUUUUUGUUGACGUCGAUGCAGUUUUUAUCUCAAUAUGACUAAUUUCAAAUAACUAGAGUUUUUAGAUGUCACAAGGUGGCAUAUUUAUUGUGAUGUACUGUAAAUGUUGUUAAUUUACAGAACUUGCACUUUUAUAUUUCUGGGUAAAACAAAAAGAAACGUGGACAUGAGUUUUGUUCCCUCGCUCCUCAAAUUUGUCUCUUAGUUGGUGGCCUCCUGAACAAAUGAUAUCAAGCAUUGGGAAAACUGCGAUGUCAGGUGACUGUAACAAAGUUUUCUAGUCAGCAAUUACCUCAGCAUUUGUUCUUCCAGUAUAAUUAUAGUCUUCUGCUUUAGAAAGUGAGUUACAUGUGUCAUGUUGAGAUCAGCUAUAGAGCGAACAAGAUUUAAGAUGUGUUUUUAAGACAUCAAAUUUACUUGUUCUUCAUUAAAGAAAAAGAACCGCACACAAUUGUAUUUGUUGUAUUCCUACACCUUUGAAAAAUGUUUCUGAUUUGCUCUAAAGCAAGCACUUUAAUUUCUUCUCUCUGACUUUGAAUGCUUGUUUCAUAGUCCACUUACGCUUUGUUCUUAAAUAAAAUACCCCAAAUGUUGUAUUGAAUUGCUUUUCAGUUUA